UUUUAUACCUGUCCUGCCACCAACUGUUACACAAGGUUAGAAUCCUUGGAUCGCUCUGGGCUGCAGUUAUAUGAUGGCUCCUGCGAUUUUGACUGGUUUCCUGCCACUCUGUGUGUCUCUCCUGCUGACAUCCGGCUUUGCAGAGGCAGGCAAGCUGCUGGUGGUGCCCAUGGGCGGGAGCCACUGGUUCACCAUGCGAGAGGUUGUGAAGGAGCUCCUCCACAGAGGACAUGAGCUGGUCAUGGUCUCGCCAGAGAUGAAUUUGCAUGUGGACAGCCACCUCAACCUUACAUUGAAGAUUUAUGCCACAGGUCACACAGCGGAGGAGGUGAACAAAGAAUUGAAGAUUUUUACGGAUGCUCAGUGGGAAGAUAGAGGAAAUGCUUUAUUUGCUAUGUUGAAAGCUCGCAGCUCUAUUUUUGAAUACUUUUUUUCACAAUGUAGGGGUUUGUUUAAGGACAAAAAAUUAGUGAAAUUCUUAGAAGAGAGUACUUUUGAUGCUGUGUUUCUAGAUCCUUUUGACAUGUGUGGCUUAAUUGUAGCCAAGUACCUGUCAGUCCCUUCUGUGAUCUACCAGGGAGCUUUUUGCCAUUAUACGGACGAAGGGACACAGAGUCCCAACCCUCUUUCUUACGUCCCUAGGACAUUCUCGUUAUUCUCAGAUGUCAUGACUUUCUGGGAGAGAAUGCAGAAUCAUUACUUGCACAUGCAGGAACAUAUAUUUUGCCCCUAUUUUCUCAAAACUGCUUUAGAGGUUGCCUCUGAGAUCCUGCAAACACCCGUCACGCCCUACGAUCUCUACAGCCAUGCAUCCAUCUGGCUGAUUCGAGCUGACUUUGUUUUGGAAUAUCCAAGACCCGUGAUGCCCAACAUGGUCUUCAUUGGAGGCAUCAACUGCCACCAGCUAAAACCACUGUCUAAGGAAUUUGAAACCUACAUCAAUGCUUCCGGAGAACAUGGAAUCGUGGUUUUCUCUUUGGGCUCGAUGAUCUCAGACAUUCCGGAGAAGAAUGCCAUGGAAAUUGCUGAUGCUUUGGGCAAAAUACCUCAGACAGUCCUGUGGCGGUACACUGGAGCGCGGCCCUCGAACCUCGCCAAGAACACCAUUCUGGUCAAGUGGCUGCCCCAGAAUGACCUGCUGGGUCAUCCGAAGACUCGCGCCUUCAUCACGCACUCGGGCUCCCACGGCAUCUACGAGGGCAUAUGCAACGGCGUCCCCAUGGUGAUGCUGCCCUUGUUCGGGGAUCAGAUGGACAAUGCUAAGCGCAUGGAGACCCGGGGGGCUGGCAUCUCCUUGAACGUCCUGGAAAUGACUUCUGACGAUUUUGCCAAUGCCAUAAAAACCGUCAUCAAUGAUAAAAGCUACAAGGAGAACAUCAUGCGCCUGUCCCGCCUGCACAAGGACCGGCCCAUGGAGCCCCUGGACCUGGCGGUGUUCUGGGUGGAGUACGUCAUGAGGAACAAGGGGGCGCCCCACCUGCGGCCGGCGGCCCACGACCUCACCUGGUACCAGUACCACUCUCUGGACGUGCUGGGCUUCCUCCUGGCCAUCGUGCUGACCGCCGCCUUCAUCUUCUAUAAAAGCUGCGCCUUCUGCUUCCGCAAGUGCUGUGGGAGGAAAGGGCGAGGGAAGAAGCAUCACAAAUCCAAGGCGCACUGAGAAGGGGCCGGGGGUGCCCCACCCCGCGGCGUCAGUGUUGACUAGAGUUUAUGACUAUUAAAGACUUUGUGAUAAUUUAGCCGCUCCAGAGUGCUUUUCAAAAUAAACCAGUCUA